UGGUCCCCUCCACGCUCUACUACUCUCCUCCUCGUCUCCUUCCAUAGUCAUCACCUCACCUCACCUCUUCACCGGAUUCAAACUUAAUUACCUCUCUCAAACAACAACAACAAUAAUCCAAAUGAUUACCGAUCCAUCCCCGGUUGAUCUGACCCGUUUACCCGAUCAACCACCAUCCCUAACACUCUUCGACGGUUACAACUACAACCACCACCACCCCCUCUCCAACGACAACCAAAACGCCUUCGCGACGAUGACGUCAUCGGAGGAAGAUCCCGCCGACGAGUUCGACUUCUCCGACGCCGUUCUAGGUUACAUCAGCCAGAUUCUGAUGGAGGAGGACAUGGACGACAGGGUGUGUAUGCUGCAGGAGUCUCUCGAUCUCGAAGCCGCCGAGCGAUCUCUCUACGAAGCGAUCGGCAAGAAGUAUCCUCCCUCUCCCGAGCGCAGCUCGCCUCCUUACGUCGAGAAUCUCGACCACGUCGUCCCCGCCGGCGAUCGUACCGGCUUCGGCGGCGGAAUCAGGCCUGCGAGCGGCGGCGGAGGUGGAUUCACGUUGGAUUUUCGGAAUCCUCAGAGUCGUUGCUCUCCGGUUCUGAGCGUUCCUCAGUCUCCGUACGGUGUACAUGAUGAUAACAGGGAUGAUCAGUCCGUGUGGCUGUUUAGGCGUGGGGUUGAAGAAGAAGACGGCGAGAGAAAUGAGAUGGUUGUGAACUUCAAAGUAAGGAGAAACCCUAACCGCUGCGCCGGCGGAGACGAAGAAGAGAGGUGUAGCAAGCUGCCUGCAGUGUUCUCCGAGACGAUAUUGAAGUCGGACGUUGUGGAUAAGAUCUUGGUUCACGUCCCAGGUGAAGAGAGCAUGAAGGAGUUCGACGCGUUGCGUGAAGUCUUGAAGAAAGGAGUGGGGAAGAAGAAAGCCUCAGCGCCUCAAGAAGGGAAGAGACGAGCCAGAGGAAGAGGACGAGGGCGCGGAGGAGGAGGAGGAGGUGGGGUGAAGAAAGAAGUUGUGGAUUUGAGGAGUCUUUUGAUACAUUGUGCUCAAGCUGUUGCGGCUGAUGACAGCAGAUGCGCAGGGCAGCUGUUGAAGCAGAUACGGCAGCAUUCGACGCCGUUUGGCGAUGGGAACCAGAGGCUGGCUCAUUGUUUUGCUAACGGUCUUGAGGCGAGGUUGGCCGGUACAGGGAGCCAGAUUUACAAAGGGAUUGUGAGUAAACCGAGGUCUGCUGCGGCUGUGCUCAAGGCUCACCAGCUUUUCCUUGCGUGCUGCCCUUUUAGGAAGCUCUCUUAUUUCAUUACCAAUAAGACGAUACGUGAUCUUGUCGGAAACUCUCCUAGAGUUCAUGUGAUUGACUUUGGUAUACUCUAUGGUUUCCAGUGGCCGACUCUUAUUCACCGGUUUUCGAUUUAUGGGAAACCGAAGGUUCGGGUCACCGGGAUUGAGUUUCCUCAGCCGGGGUUUAGACCGGCGCAGCGGGUUGAAGAGACUGGUCAGAGGUUAGCAGCGUAUGCUAAACAGUUCGGUGUGCCGUUUGAGUAUAAAGCGAUUGCUAAGAAGUGGGAUGCUGUUCAGCUUGAAGAUCUUGAUAUAGACAGGGAUGAGAUCACUGUUGUUAACUGUCUGUACAGAGCUGAGAAUUUGCAUGACGAGUCGGUCAAAGUAGAGAGCUGUAGAGACGCUGUUCUCAGUUUGAUAGGGAAGAUCAAUCCAGAUCUUUUCGUCUUUGGCAUUGUGAAUGGUGCGUACAACGCCCCGUUCUUCGUGACGCGGUUCCGUGAGGCUCUAUUUCACUUCUCCUCGAUUUUCGACAUGCUUGAGACGAUUGUGCCGCGGGAAGACGAAGAGAGGAUGUUCCUUGAGAUGGAGGUCUUUGGGAGAGAGGCGUUGAAUGUGAUCGCCUGCGAAGGUUGGGAGAGAGUGGAGAGGCCUGAGACGUAUAAGCAGUGGCAUGUAAGAGCUAUGAGGUCAGGGUUGGUGCAAGUUCCAUUUGACCCGGACAUUAUGAAGACAUCACUGCAUAAGGUCAACAAAUUUUACCACAAGGACUUUGUGAUCGAUCAAGAUAACCGGUGGCUAUUGCAAGGCUGGAAAGGAAGAACCGUCAUGGCUCUUUCUGUUUGGAAACCAGAGUCCAAGGCUUGACCUUGUGGUGGUGGGGCAUAAGAGGGACCAUCUCUUUUUGUUUUUCUAUAGAUGAAAGACUAGAGUGCUGCAUCCGAAGAAUUCACAUUUUAGUGUAAGUCACAUUUUAUGACAUACUCAGAGCUAGGUUCUCCUAACGUUAUUCUUGUAGCUAGGGAUGAUGAGAUUGAGAGAGUUUGUAUAUUGCUAGCAGAGUUAACUUGUCUUUAGAUUGUAACACGUAUAAGAGGAAGCUUAGAGAAAAUAUGAUUUUGAAAAGAAGUUUUUUACUUCUCCAAUGUACACACACGAGGACCAAUGCUACAUUGAAAUAAGAUGUGUUACUCCUUUA